GUACACGACGAUUAUUGAGAAUCUAUGAUAGCUUUCUUUGCUUUGAUAUAUUUCACAUCCCACAGUUAUGUAAAUAUGUAUUUAUAAGCAGGUGAUAUGGUCGAUACAUAUAUCAACGAGUAUGUCAAAUAUAAUACAGCGAAGUGUCUGCAUAAUUUUGUUGUACCUGCGCCAUCACAGGUACGGCUCCUCUCUCCAUCGACUGCAGACGUACCGCUUAUGUGCUUGACUGGGUGUCCGGGGUGGUGGAUGUGAAUGUGGAUGAGUGGCAGGAGGGCGCAGGCGCAGCUCAGAACAGCCAAGUUGGUCUGGACUCCUGGCGGCCCAUCGCAUUCCGUGGCCAGUCGCAGCGCGAGACGGUUAGCCAGUUAGCCAGUGCGGACCGACUAAUUCCCAAUUUCCGCUCUUGACUAAACUAAAGAUUAGAAAUAAAGAAAGAAAUAUCCUUCGUCCGUCCCCUAGACGAAGCAGGUCAAUUUUUUUUCCGUGUUACUUGCUCUUUUUCGCCAAGUGUGAGUUGUGUGUUUUGGUUUGGCUUACGUGAUUGAAAUCGAGACAGCCGGGACAUCAUGAUUGUCAACAUGCCCGUCAAUGGAACGGGCAGUGCAUCCAGCCCCACAUCGAAUCCCAGCAGCAACAACAACAACAAUAGCAGUACCACCAAUCAAAAUGAUACGAACAGUAAUCUUCCCGGUGAUUACAACUUUCUUAAGCGCAAGUUCGACGAUCAGGAGGAUCUGGCUUUGGGCCACGACUACGAGCCCAUCGGGGCGAAUCCCUGGAAGAAGCGACACUUGGACUACGAUGCCGGGGAUCUGCACUUCCACCUGCAGCUGGAACAGCCACCUAGUAAUCCGCCAACCAACGCUGCACCCGCCCAAUCCUCGACGUCCUUCAUCAACGAUCUCUUUUCCUAUGAGAGCAGUCUUCUGGUGCCCGCCGUCGCCUAUUCGCACUGUCCACCAUCGAGUGCUCCUUUGGAUGAAAAUGGUGGUUGGACCGGUGGCGAGCUGCUUGAGCUGGAUCAUCGCUAUAACUCCGGCCUGCAGGCGGAACUAGGACAAUUGAAUGCCACUUUGCCGCCGCCACCACCAACAUCAUCAUCAACUCAAAAUGCAUCCAAUCAUACGCACCAGUCAACACAACAGAAUGCCAGUCCUGGACAGAACCCUCAUCAGAAUCAACAUUUUCUGGUGCCGCAGAAGCAGCGGAUACAGUCGGCGGGCCGACGCACCUCAUCCGGUUCGGUUAGUGGGGCCAAUGAAGCCACCGAGGCGGACUUCGAGGAUAAGAACCUCUCGUGGCUGCUCAACUUUAAGUUCGACGAGUUCCCGCACCUAUCGCCGCACAAUCAGGUUCACGGACAGGCGGUCAAUCUGCCGGAGGGCAGUGUUCCACCUCAUCCACAAUCGACGGCAGUGCCAAUCGCCACGUCGCCCUGCAGUUCCACCUCGCCAUCAUCCGCCUCCGCCGCAUCGGCAUCCGCAUCCGCCACAAGCACAAAUCAAUCCCUCGGAUCGGGUAUGGUGGAUCAACGGGCCAGAUCGCCCAAGAGCUGCUCCAGUGCAGCGAUCCCAGCGGCAUUAGCAGGAGGAAGCAACGGCUCCGCUGGCGCUUCAGCAGCGGGGGGCGUGGUCGGCGUGGGCUCCACCAAGACUGGGCGCAAGUUCGAGGAGCUGGUGAUGGAGGUCACCUCGGAGAUGGACGGUAACGACAUGAUAGUUGCCGAGCACGUUAUCGUCGAGGAUACUUCGUCCAAGGCGCCAAAGAAACCACCGUUCACCUACACGGAGCUCAUCGAAUACGCCCUCGAGGAUAAGGGUGAGCUGACUGUGUCGGGCAUAUACCAAUGGAUAUCGUAAGUACUGUCCCCCAUCGAACCACCCACUGAAUCAGCCACCACCGCCCACAGCCCAUUCGGAUGGACGCCAUUUUGUGGAGUGCUAGCCAUCCUGUUAUUUUUGUUGAUGGCAAAAAACACCAGCCAGGAUGCAAUUAAACAAAUCUCAAGCAUUUCGUCUUGGCCGUUCCCGUUGGCCAUUUGAUUUCCUCGUUCGCUGGGUAUUUCUUCUUACCAUGUUUUCGUUCCUUGGUUGGUAACCAAACUUAAACAAAGUGCCACACACCGGCAAACAAACGAUAGCGGCCACAAUGAAAGUGCCAAAAGUUAGCAGCUCAAACUAAUUUAUGGGCUAGAAAAUUGCAUUUACCUUGCCUUCGCAUAAGGUGAAAAACAAAAAUGUUGUUAACCAAACUAUUUGUGGGUUGUUCAACAAGUUGUUUAUGCCAAACUGGUAUUCCCUGGUAUUAUAAGCUAAUACGGAUAGCGACCCAUUAAUUUGGGCUUUAACUAUGUGUCUGUAGGGAUUGUAUAGUGGCAAUUGUUGAGUAUACCAAAUUCUUAGUUUUAUGUUGAUAAGUGCUUAAUAUUAGUUAGGCAUUCAAUAGUAUUCAAAACUAGUUUAUCAUUACCUACUUUUCGCACAACGUCCAAUUUUUUUCCCGUCAUCUUUUUAAAAUUCCCAAAAUUCCAUUCUGGCCACGUUAAGUUGGAAAAUAUCAAUUCGUCGAGAAUCGCUGACGAAGAAAACAAUAAGUUUUAACACAUUUUUCAAGGUUCAUUAAUUUGGCCCUUCGCCCCCACUGCUCCCCACCUGUUUUUUGUUAUUUCUUUCUUUUGUUGUCUUCGAAUACCCGGAAUCAGUGUAAAUAUUUGAUGCCGCAGCCGCGAAUGUUGCGUGUAAAUAUCCUAUAUAAAUUUACAUAUAAAACCACCCCGCUCGGGAGGGGAGGCAAAUAAUUUAUGACAUUUGCCCAUCACCUGCGCACCUGCACUCCGCACCACCCCCCGCAUUUAAUGUAAUGAAUCGACAGUCCAAGAAGUUUCGGCUCAGUUCGAAUGGGCGUGCAGUUUGGGUAACUUUUCAUUAACCAUUCACAAAUUUACCUUGCGGCCCCCAGUUGGCUGGUGCGUUGGCAAACAGGGGGUUUUCGGCUUUGGGCUUUGGGUUUUUUCGAUUUUGGUUUUGGGUUUUCGCAGGGUGGAGCAGGAUGGGUUAUUUCUCCUGUUUCAUCGGGGCUCGAGUUCCAGGGCCGUGUCCUCGCGCAGUCAAGGCGAAAAUGGCGCCUUUCAGCCAUCAAAAGCCACGAAAGAACUUUGGUUGGCCAAGCCACCCCGAUAUAUGUAUAUAUAUGUACAUAUUUUUUUUUAAUUUUAAAAUUAUAAUUGUAUAAUUGUAUGUAACCCGAAACUAGUUUUUAGAGAAUAAGUAUGAACAAGAGUAAAAAAGCAGCGGCAAAA